UCCCUCCUAUAGCAGAACACUUGUCCUUUCCGUGCAUGCAUUUUGGAGGAUUUUGGCUACAUUUAAGAGGGAGACUACAAAAAAUAUCAAAGAUCACUGUUACACACCAUUUGGUGUAGGUACACAAAUAGCAUCUUUUUAGUGUCUUGUGUCACCUCUUUGGUAAUUCCUAGUCUUUAUUUUAAACUAAAUUCCAAGGAUCAGUCAGCUUUUGGAGUCAUUUUUUGUGAUCAACUGGAUUUUUGAUUUUAACCAGAAGGAAUUUUAAAAAGCAUUCAGCCACACCUUCAUCAGUAUGAAACAAACAGAGAUGAGCAGUUUUUCUCGCGAAGAAGACAACAGCAGCACCAACAGCAACGAGUACAAUUACCCCGACUGCCCUAGCAAGGUCCCGCUGAAUGGCCAAUAUGCAGACAUCGAAGCAGAGAGUGAAAACUUCCUCCCAGAGCAAAACCUUGGCAAGAAGAAGUAUGUGACAGAAUAUCACCAAGGCAAUGCCUCCUUUGGCAUGUCCGUUUUCAACCUGGGCAACGCCAUUAUGGGAAGUGGCAUCUUGGGGCUGUCCUACGCCAUGGCCAACACCGGCAUUGCUCUAUUUGUGAUCCUCCUUGUGGCGGUGGCUAUCUUCUCCUUGUACUCUGUGCACUUGCUGCUGAAGACAGCCAAUGAAGGAGGUGCGCUGGUGUAUGAGCAGCUAGGCUACAAAGCCUUCGGGAUGCCUGGCAAACUGGCCGCUUCCUGCUCCAUCACCAUGCAGAACAUCGGAGCCAUGUCGAGCUACCUUUACAUCGUCAAGUACGAGCUGCCAAUUGUCAUCCAGGCUUUUGUGGGAAACAAUGGGGAAUGGUACACCAACGGAGAUUACCUGGUCCUACUUGUGUCACUUGUUAUUAUUCUGCCACUCUCGCUGCUCAGGAAUUUGGGUUACCUAGGUUACACAAGCGGCCUGUCCCUCCUCUGCAUGGUGUUCUUCCUGAUUGUGGUGAUUAUUAAGAAGUUCCAGAUCCCGUGCCCUCUUCCUGAAGAUGUCCACAGUGUGAAUGAGACAUUUAGUAAACUCCUCAAUGCCACUUUGUCUCCAAACAACGCCACCGCCGUGGACUACAGCGAUGUCUGCACACCCAAAUACUUUGUCUUCAACUCUCAGACUGUCUACGCUGUUCCCAUCCUGACCUUCGCCUUUGUGUGCCACCCUGCUAUCCUCCCCAUGUAUGAGGAGCUUAAAGACCGUUCUCGCAGAAAGAUGCAAGGAGUAGCCAACGUGUCCUUCCUGGCCAUGUUUAUCAUGUACCUCCUGGCUGCUCUCUUCGGAUAUCUGACCUUCAAUGUGCAUGUGGAGCCCGAGCUGCUGCACACCUACUCCAGGGUCUACAAGUUCGAUACCAUCCUGCUGAUCGUCCGCCUGGCUGUGCUCACCGCUGUCACCCUCACCGUCCCCGUGGUGCUCUUUCCUAUCCGUACCUCCAUCAACCAGUUCCUGUGCGCCUCCAAGUUCAGCUGGAUCCGCCACACCAUCAUCACGGUGGUCCUGUUGGCCGGCACCAAUGCCCUCGUCAUCUUCGUCCCGACCAUCAGAGACAUCUUCGGCUUUAUCGGUGCAUCUGCUGCAGCCAUGCUCAUCUUCAUCUUGCCCUCUGCUUUCUACAUAAAACUGGUCAAGAAGGAGUCGAUGAAGUCCGUCCAAAAGAUCGGGGCCACCGCUUUCCUUCUGUGUGGCUUCCUGGUCAUGAUUGGCAGCAUGAGCCUCAUCAUCCUCGACUGGGUCCACAAUGCAGCAGCGGAACACCCCGACGGACACUAGAACCGACACUCACAUGAAGAUGACAUUGUACAAAAAAGACACAAGAACUCAUACUUGAUGGUUGGCUUUGACGGAGAACCAGACUACGCCAUUCCAGGAGAAUGUAUACAUGUACAGAUGAUGCUUUUUCACACCAAAGUAUGGUGUUUUUUUCCUCCCUCUUACUUUUUUUUAAUAUAUAUACAGACACACACAUACAUACACUUCUUUGUCUUUACCUGUAUUGUUUUUGGAGUUGUGGUACAGCUGAAAACAAAUCGAAUGUGCCUCUCAGGUGGAGGUGGUACAAGGGUUCAAAAAGCAGCUUACACUCAGGUACGGUUCUGUUUUUGCAAGUGUGGCUGUGACCUCACAGAUCAACUACAAAUCCUGCUGACAAAACACAGCGCAAACCACCGAAACAUUCACAGGAGAGGCAACAGACUUGAACGCUUUGCUUUUUUUUGGUUUUUUGUUUUGCUUUGCCAAACUUGUAUUUGUAUACCGAAAAGCACUUACUGUUCAGCACACUAGUGGAAAACACAGACUUGUUUCCACAUACAGGAGGCCUACUCAGUAUUUGUGACCUUGCUUGUGUGACGUCAGCAAAAGAACAACAAAAACCUGCCCCCUUUUUUAUAAGCAACACUGGGAGCUGCAGUCACUGGACUCUUUGACAAACUGUAUUUAUGAAGCCGCUGAUGUUGGGAUAAGUGUGAGGAUUGACGACACUGGUGUGUGAGGGGACUAGAUGUUUUUUUUCUGGAUGGGAGAAUACUUGGAAUUUGACCAUGUGCGGCUAAGGUAAACAAAUGUCACACCGACAAACAAUCAUACCAAAAGUCUUUUACGACAGCUCAUCGUCGUGUGCACGUUUGGCUGUGCUUCCAAUACUAAGGCAACACCAAGCUAUUUAUGGAAGACAGUGAAAUCAAUGUAAACUAUUUUAUUAUAUUUAUAUGAUAUUGUAUGUAUAUAUAUAUAUGUAUAUAUAUCAAUUGACUUCAACUGUAUAUUUUUUUUAUGAUGCAUUGGAGUGGCAAGCUGCAACUGUUCACCUGUCAAAACUGACUGAAAUAUCCUGCUGUGUCGAUUUUGUGCAAAAUUCUGUUACGUCGAGGUCACUGAUAACGUAAACGCCACCUUGUCCCCCCCUUUGACACCCUUGACAUUUUUGGUUGGAGAACAACCGGCUGUGGGCCUCAGGGGCAAAGAGGGCUUUGCCCACCAGUGUUACAUUCUUGUUUCAAUGAAACGAUGUACAUCCUGUAAAAUUAAAUUCAAAGAUACUGUAA